GUCGUACGUUGAGAAAUGUUGGUCCAGUACCACCAUGUGGUCCUGAAUUUCAUGUUGCUGCUGCCACACUUGUGGCGUGAUGUGGCGCCCAUUGAAGUCCCAGAAGAUCCAAAGAUCCUGCAGGACCUCAAGCAGCCGCCCACGAUCGUGAAGCAGUCUUUGAAGGACUACUUCGUGGACCCCAGAGACAACAUCGUCAUCGAGUGCGAGGCCAAGGCCAACCCAGUGCCCAUAUACUCAUGGCGAAGGAAUGGCAAGUUUUUCAACAUUGCUAAUGAUCAUCGGGUGGUGAUGCGUAAACGCUCGGGAUCGGGAACGUUGGAGAUCAGUUUCCGUACUGGAGGUCGACCAGAGGACUAUGAAGGAGAGUACCAGUGUUUCGCCACCAAUGAAUACGGAGUAGCUCUGUCCAACAAAAUCCUUCUUCGAGUAUCCAAGGCUCCUUUGUGGCCUAAGGAAGUUCUGGAUCCUGUGGUGGUGACUGAGGGGUCCUCGCUGGUUUUGCCCUGUAAUCCCCCACCAGGACUGCCCCCUCCCUUCACCUUCUGGAUGAACAGCGCUAUGAGUCCCAUCGUCCAGGAUAAGCGGGUGUCCAAGGGCCUGAACGGAGACCUUUACUUCUCCAAUGUUUUGCCCCGGGACACCCACACAGACUACAGCUGCAACGCCCGCUUCCCGUUUACGCACACCAUCCAGCAGAAGAACCCGUUCAUCCUCAAGGUCGUGAGCAACGAGCAGCUUAAUGACACGCAUUACCAUGACAACGGCCGUAAAGUAGCAGAGACCACGCCCACUUUCCUCACGCCGUCAGGGAGCGACAGCUCCAAAAUGGUCCUACGAGGAGAUGAACUCCACCUGGAGUGUAUCGCGGCUGGACUUCCCACCCCCACCAUCAAGUGGUUUAAGAUGGGUGGGGACCUGCCAGCACAGAAGGUUCAGUUUGAGAACUUCAACAAAACCCUGAAGAUCAUCAAUGUAUCUGAGGAAGACGCUGGAGAGUAUAUGUGCAUGGCCAACAACCAAUUAGGGAGCAUACGGCACUCCAUCUAUGUGCAGGUCAAAGCGGCUCCUUAUUGGCUGGACAAACCAACCAACUUGGUGCUGGCACCAGAAGAGAAUGGGCGCCUGGUGUGCCGGGCCAAUGGGAACCCCAAACCCAACAUCCAGUGGCUCGUCAACGGACAGUCCAUAGAGAGUUCUCUGCCUAACCCCAGCCGAGAGGUCCAGGGGGACACCAUCAUUUUCCGCUCGGUGCAGAUUGGAACCAGUGCCGUCUACCAGUGCAACGCCUCCAACCAACACGGCUACCUCCUGGCCAACGCCUUUGUCAGUGUUCUGGACAUGGCUCCCAGGAUGCUCGGACUCAAGAACCAGCUAAUAAAAGUCAUCAAGAACAACCGGACCUUCCUGGAUUGCCCUUUCUUUGGUUCCCCUCUGCCAGAACUACGGUGGUUCAAGAAUGGACAGGGCAGCGGCCUGGACGGUGGACAGUAUCGUGUUUACAUGAACGGCACGCUGGAGAUCAAACGGGCAAGAGUCGAGGAUGAGGGCACCUACACAUGUGUCGCCAGCAACACCUUUGGCAAGUCCGACAGCCAGGUCCGCCUGGAGGUCAAAGAACCUACAAGGAUAGUCCAGGGUCCAGAGGAGCAGGCGGUGAUCAGGGGCUCCACGGCUCGCUUUGUCUGUAAGGUGGAGUCUGACUCCAGCCUGCCUGUCACUGUGACCUGGACCAAGAACCAGCAGCGACUCCACCUGGGCUGGAGGCUGAAGAAAGACAAAGAAUCACUGACUAUUCCCAACGCCAACGAGGGCGACGCGGGAACGUACACGUGCACGGCCAAAACUGAGAUUGACCAAGACUCCGCCUCUGCCCGCCUCACAGUGUUAGAGGAAGCGUCCCUCCACCCCUCAGUGUCUGGUGUCGUGGAACCAGCCCGCCCGGAUCCUCCAGUAGAACUGGACCUGUCAGACCCGGCGGCUCGCAGUGUUCGCCUCACCUGGAUCCCUGGGAGCGAUAACGGGAGUCCCAUCAUAGAGUUUUUGGUCCAGUUUGAGGAGGACCAGUGGGAGCCUGGCAGGUGGCAGAACCUGUCCACUUACCCUGGAGACCACAACUCUGUCAUCCUGCAGCUUGCCCCCUUUGUCAACUACCAGUUCAGGGUAAUUGCUGUUAACUCGGUGGGUCAAAGUGAUGCCAGCAGCCCCUCACCAAGAUACAUGACCAGCGGCGCCGCCCCAGAUGCCAUUCCCAGAGGUCUACGAGGAUGGGGGUCCAAAAAGGACAACAUGGAGAUCACCUGGGAGCCUCUGAAGGAUCUGGAACGGAACGGUCAAAACCUGCACUACGUUGUCAGCUGGAGACUAAAGGACUCGGAGGAAGAGUGGACUAACGUGACCACAGUGCAGUCCAAGCAUGUUGUCCACAACACUCAAACCUACGUGCCUUAUGAGAUCAAAAUCCAAGCCAGGAAUGCAUUUGGACCAGGACCCGAGUCCAAUGUGGUCACCGGGUACUCUGGAGAGGACAGGCCCACUGACCCUCCCUCCAAACUGCGGGUGUCAAAGGUCAACAGCAACAAGGUGACCAUCCACUGGACCGCUGUGGAUCCAAAGUCUGUCCGGGGAGAAUUCAAAGAGUACAGACUGUAUUACUGGCGGGAGGCCAGUCUGGUUCCAGGUCUGGUCUUCAAAAAGGAGAACAAGACUAAAGGUUUCUACAGCACCACGGCCGAACCGUCCGCCGUCCUGGGCGCUCUGGUUCCGUACUCCCACUACAAAAUGAUUAUGGUUGUGGCCAACAACGGCUACGAGGGUCCACCCAGUAACACAGUGGGCGUAACCACCAAGGAGGGAGGUAAGGACACGCCCCCAAAAUAUUACACCCAGGAAACACUACCACAGAUAGACCCGUUACAUGACAUGGACUGA